AUGUGAGAUGAUGGCCAUAGUUAUUGCGUUACAGUGGGUAGAGGACGUCAGGCCAGAGAGAGUGGUGAUUGCAUCAGAUUCAUGUGCAGUACUGACGAGUUUGAAAUGUUGCCACUCCAGAUGCAGAGAGGAUUUACUGUAUGAAAUACUACAAUCACUAUUCAGAAUCCGUCAAAUGCGGAUAGCGGUUAAAUUUGUGUGGGUCCCUGCUCAUGUUGGAGUCGAUGGCAACAAGAAGGCGGAUAAAGCAGCAAAAAAGGCUUUGAAGAGUGGGAGAAAUAUUGUUAAAUUAAAUAUAAGUAAGUCAGAAGCUAAAGUGGUGAUUAAGGGACAAAUCAAAAAGAUAUGUCAGACUGAAUGGAAUAAAGGGAGCAAAGGACAAUAUCUGUUUAAAAAUAAACCAUUGGUUGGGAGUGCAGGAUCUAGUGGACGAAAUAGAAAAGAGGAGAGGGUAAUGACAAGACUAAGGAAUGGACAUACUGGUCUUAACAGUUCCCUCUAUGUUAUUGGAAAACAUAAUAAUGGAAUGUGUGGAUUUUGUGAUGAAGAGGAAACUGUGGACCAUGUUUUAGUGUCAUGUCAGAGGUACGAGGUAGAGAGAGAAGUAUUAAAAAGUGGUCUAAGAGAGAUGGGAGAGGAGAAUAUAACUGAUAUAUUAAAGAAAAGCUUUGGUGAAGAGUGUUGGAAGCCUCUUUGACUUUUUAGAGUCAACAAGACUAGUGAAUAGAAUUUGAGAAUUAUAUUUAUUUUAUUUUGUUUUGUUUUAUUUUAUUUUGUUUUAUUUUGUGUUUGUUUGUUUGGUUUUUGUAUUAGAUAAUUACUUUCCUUGGUCCACACUCCAGAUUAGUGGGUGGCGGUAAUGCACCUAAAAGUUGUUUGCCAACCUCCAUUAAAAACAAAAGAAGAAGAAGAAGAAGAAGAAGAAGAAGAAGUAGUAGUGUUGCUGAUGAGCUCAGGUGUUUCCACUCCGCUGAUGACCCUCCGCCACGACCACCUCCAAUACCUGCAGGGAGAGCAGCCACACGAAAGGAGUAACAGGCAGACAGGUCAUCACAGUAAUAAAGAAACAUCUGACCCAUUGCAACAGUGAGGCUCAUUGAUUUUGCAGUACUAGUUUGUAAAUGCAUUCAUUGUUAGUUUUGGAUUUUAUGAGACUUGUUGAUGGUAAGAAAAAAAUGGAAUAUCACCAGCCUUAACCUUUAAAAAAAUGUAAAAAAUGUUUUUGGUCAUUUACCUUUAACAUCUUUUAUGUACUGUACAUAAUUAUCAAUUGUUGAGCAAAUAUGUUUAGUCUUUUAACAUUGUUUACUACAUUUUACAUUUGCACCACUGUAGUAGUCCACCAUUGCCCUCUUUGUCUUUGGCACCAUGUUCAUUUACGGUCUACACUGUUGGAUUUGCAGGCACACUAAUUAAUGCGAGAUUGUUUUUCUCUAAUGUAGACAAUACAUGUGUUACAAUGAAGAGAUGUGAUGAUUGGAGGGCCAGUAUCAUCCCAUUACCACAGCACAGCUCAUGAAAGUACUAUUCCUUUGUGUUGGUUUCUAUAGCUACCCUAUUAGAGACUCAGCUGGCAGUCAGCUGUCUUUUGUGUUUGUCACUGGCCUCUCUGGCCUCCACUUACUCUUUGAGUUCUUUUUGCUGGAGCUUUAAAAACCUCCUCUGCGUUUAGAGUGCAGUGGGUAGAGUUAGGGUACAGCAGUCAUAUGUUUGGGAUUUGUGUAUUUUUUUUUUUUUGUAUCCAAGAUGGAGAGGUCAGCGGAUGCAGGUGGUCUGGGAAUGUCUGGUCACCGUCAGCACUCCGGCACGGUGAAGAGGAGGCUGUGGGGAGGUUUGAGGCAGCAGUGGAAGCUUCUGGGCUUGUUUGAGAUUGAUCAGCAGCAUGAGUUCUACAGCCUGACCUGCAUGAUGAAGGAGGGAUUGGCAGCAGCCACCCAAAACAACAUUAACAAUGCACCUACAAAUGAACUGUCAGAUGAUGAUUACAGAUUAGAGACCACUUGGAUUCAUAAGGACUUUACAAUGAAGACAUUUGCAGGCCCGGUAUUUGCCAGCCUGCGUGGCUCUUUAGGAAUGACUGAGCAGGAAUAUCAGCAGUCGCUCUGCUCUGAAAACUGCUACCUCCAGUUCAUCAGCAACUCCAAGAGCAAGGCAGACUUCUUCCUGACAAAUGAUAAGCGCUUCUUCUUGAAGACCCAGAACAAAAGGGAAAUCAAAUUCUUUCUGGCCAACCUGAAGAUCUACAUGGAACAUCUGAAGAAGUUCCCCCAUUCAUUGCUGGUCAAGUUCCUAGGUGUUCACAGGAUCAAAAUCACACGCAGACGUAAGAAAUACUUCAUUGUUAUGCAAAGUGUGUUCUAUCCUGAUGAUCGAAUCAAUUCCAGGUACGACAUUAAGGGCUGUGAGGUGAGUCGGCGGACAGAGCCAGCACCAGAGGGAAGCCAGAUUAUUGUGGUUCUCAAAGACCUCAACUUUGAAGGCCAGUACGUCAUCUUGGACCAGCAGCGUCCCUGGCUUUUGAGGCAGGUAGAGAUCGACGCGCACUUCCUCUGGAGGCUCAAUGUGUUGGACUACAGUCUCCUCCUGGCCCAUCAGCCCUUACACCACGAUGAAUGCCACCAGAGCCUCUCCUUUGCUACUCUCAUCAUGAGAACCAAAAUAUCUGUGAAUCCAGGCUCCCCCCCUAUCCACGCAGGCAUAGCUCCUGUCCCUGGGGCAAUUCUAGAAGAUGACUCCACCUUAAAUUUGGAGCAAUUAGAAGCAAGACUUGCAUCAGGUGUUGGCACUAUUCAAACAUGCCCAGAGCAUUCAGGGCCAGGCAGUGACGAAGCUGAUCUUCCAGACUUCAGGGCCCAAAACCGACGUUUACUGCCAAACCUAAAGAAUCCUCUGCACGUCAUUGAUGGGCCUGAGCAGCGCUACUUCAUCGGCAUCAUUGACAUUUUCACAGUUUACAGUUGUAAGAAGAGGCUGGAGCAUUUGUGGAAGAGGCUGAGACAUCCAGGCCGGUCCUUCUCUACCGUCAGUCCACAAACGUACUGCUUCAGACUAUGUCACUGGGUACAGGACCAUACCAAGUAGACCUUGGGUGAAUGGUGAAGACUUUCUGCCAACUCUCACUAAAUCUUUCCACACGCUCAAAACACAUUUCUUUCAGCCUGGUCUCCUAAAAACUACGUUCUCAUACAACAAAAUGCAUUGUCAUUUACAUUUUGAGGGAAACAGAUGGGUCCAAAAACACGGGACUUUCACCCAGUAGACCGCUGCCGUUGUCCCAUGCAAAAUGAAAAGUUAGCAUUGACUUAUUUUAAUGUUAUGUUUAACGUUACGCAUGUAACGUUUGUUGUUCAUAACAUUGUUUAUGUAAGUUACAUAACAAACAAUUCUUUUUUUUUUUUUUACUUUUCUUUUACUAAAACUAAGUUUUGUUGUUUUUUCACAGCGUUAACCAAUAUGUUUAGUUGUAUGGGAACAUCAUUUUUAAGAGACCAUGGUUUAUGGCACCUACACUUUAUUUUGUACAGAAAUGAUGAUCACACAAUACAUUAAGAAAACGAUUCCAUGGUGCAACAGACAUAUACUAAAUAGCUCCUUUUGUAAAAUGGCUAAAUAUACGAGACAAACUGGAAAUGUGUUUAAAGUGGCUUCCCAUCAGUCACUUUGUUGCUGCUAUGUCGGCUAACUUUAGCUGACGCGCACCUUGGGCUUAAUGCACAACCCAACGAUAUCCAGUCUUUACAUUUGCUGUUUGCCUUUACAUUAUUUCUUCCAACUCAACUUUUGCAACCAAGUAUGCUAUGCUACCUGCUGACACCAUAGCAAAGGUCAAAAACUGUGUGCCUCCCCAGGCUGCAUUCCUUUGCUGUAUAAAUGCAGUCCCAUUAUAAGUACUUGCCACCCAGUGCGCAAAAAAUGUAUUACAACUAAUUAAACACGAAGGAAAAUAAGUAAAUAAAUUACCAUGUUAAAACCCAAUUUGUGUCCAACUGUCAAUGAAGGCCAGUCAAUUUUAUUUAUAGAGCCCAAACAUCACAAAUUUGCCUCAGAUGGCUUUACAAUCUGUACAACAUAAGACAUCGCUGUCAUUUCAAACCCCCGAUUCAGAUAAGUAAAAAUAUCUGAUACAAUAGAUGUCAGACCAGACCAACAUAACAGUAUUGCAACAAGCCAUACCACAAAAAAUACAUAGAAUGUAAACAUAUAUAAAAAGAUGUGUAAUCUCGCUCCUUAACUUCUAAAGUACCGAUAGCAGAACCGUUAAUUACAGACUUCAUCAAUAUUCAGGAUUUUCAAAGUUCAAAGUUUGCUUUAUUGUCAAUUCCACAAUGUACUGAACAUACAGGGGAGUUGAAAAGACAU